CCCCUGCGGUGGUGAAGCAGAGAGAAAGUCAGGCCUAAUCAAUAACACCUGAGCCACCACCGCCUUAUUUGAACUGACCUCUUUUUUCUCACCAAAAUCCAAUUUGUUCUAAAGAUAUGGCGAGCAUAGAUGUAUUAAAGGCCAGGUUUUACUCAUACGAUAAAAUGUACAGUCAAGAUUUGCGUGAACAAAGCUUUGUGGAGUGGCCGUUUCGAGAGGAGUGUGAGUGCACACCUGCGAAGAUGGCCAAGGCUGGGUUUGUCCACUGCCCCAGUGAGAAUGAGCCCGAUGUUGCCUGCUGCUUCUUCUGCCUGUUAGAGCUGGAGGGCUGGGAGCCGGAUGACAGCCCCUGGUCUGAGCACAUCAAACGCUCUCCUAACUGUGGCUUCUUGUCCAUGAGGAAAGAUUUCACCGAGUUGACCGUGGCCGAGUUCCACCACCUGGAGAAGGAAAGGCUGAAGAUCUACAUUAGAAAAGUUUGCCAUAAGAAGAUGGCAUAUUUACGCGAUGAAAUAGACCAAAAGCUUAAGGACCUGAACUCCAUGUUGAACUCCAUCCAUUGACUCCACGCCUGAGAUGGUGAAAGGAAUACUUAAUUUUUGUGAACACACCAGAAUUAUAAUGCCAUACCCAUUUCAAGAUGUGGAUUAAGAGUCUGCUUAAUGGUGUGAUGUAGUGUAAACUUAAAUUAACAGACUUUCCUUAGGAGUAUUAACAGUUUGUUUGUAGUAUUGCUUUUAACCACAAGAUGGUGCUUUUGCACUGAUACAUACCUGCAGUUUGUCUUAUGGCUGACAAAUACCCUGAAGUAGUUUCCAAUCUUGCAUCAGAUCUCCACAAAGGCAGUCAUAAGUGAAAGUGCACAUUGAGCAGGAUCACAAUGUGGGUUAUAUUCCUCCUUUUUUCACCCAAAUACUUACCAUUUUCCUGAACGUGCCAACAUCUCUACCACCCCUUUUCAAACCUUGACCCUGGACAGAUGGCCUGAAGCCCCUCCCUCUCAAUACCAACUGUUGCCCCAGUAACAUCUGUUACAUAUAGGGGAACAGUGUGCACUGAGAGGGCUCACCAGGACACUUGGCCAGCUCAGAGGAGGGGGCCUGAAGAUGUAGGAAAUACUAGAGGAUGCUAUUGUGACAGUCAAAAUUGUAGAGAAGGUGCUCUUCAAGUUAGCAGCCUCAGGAAGCUCUGUCACACUUGUGCUUUGGUUUUUAUCAUUAAGCAUAUUUUUUUAAGAACAAACUUUUACCAUCAGAGUUUUCAUUUGCCAAAGCUGAUAAAACACAUUGAGAUUUCCAUGGCUUUUUCCAUGUAGCAGAUAAAGGAAAAAUGUUAGGCUCACUUUAUGAAAUGGAGUCUUUCCCUGUGUCUGACGGGAGGGGUGGCUGGAUGGAGUGUAGGAUUAAAAGAUGCUAUCCCAUCUCCGACCUUCCACUGUUCUGGAUUAAUGUCUAAUGUAACACUCUGGCCACUGAGCCCAGAUCAGCUGCUUAAUUCUCUUUUAUCCGCUUGGUGCAGACCAAAUUGAAGAGAGAAUAUUUUUAGCCAAAAUGUAAAAAAAGAGAGAGUAAAUAGGUGAUGUAACAUUUCUAAUAAAACUGUUCCGCUUCACUCUUUUUAUAAGGACUUUUCUUGUGCUCUUAACUAUUGUUAGAUGUUCCUCAUAUGUACAAAACAUGUAGCAAAUGUGUGUGAAGAGGACGUUAUACCAAAUAUGAAUGUAAUGUAAAUUCCCAAGCAUUCACUAAAUAAAGAAAUUAUCGUUUUGA